CUUGGAUAGGCUGAUUGUUUUGUAAUUGCACAAAGCUAGCUGACGAAGGUACGGUACAGUACGGGUGGACGCGCACUUCCGUGGGACAGAAUGACUGAUAUGUCAGAGUGUAACGAAGAUGUUGCCAGCACGCAACUUGGGCCACACGAAGUUCCUAAUCCUGAAGGAUCUCCAAAUGCUCAAGAUGUCUAUGGAAAUGUGCCUAAAAGGCAAAGAAUGGAUGGUAAUGAAUCAAACUCAAGCGAGCAAAACUCACAGUUUGUGUCUAGCAGCAAUGCGCAGCUUUCCACGGACGCUGAGCAGACCUCAUCCCAAGCUAGUUCCCAGUGGCAACAAUGGCGGUCCCUCUUCAAGGACAUUUUCAUUGAGACUCAGAAGCCUACGCAGACGCAGUGUCUCGCGUGCGGGGACGGUGAAGGAGACUUGGUCCGAUGUCUGGACUGUGGUCCCGGAGUGACGCGAUGCAUCGACUGCACGCUAAGCUACCACAAGGAGAGUCAUCUGCUUCACAAACCAGAACUUGUCCUGGAGACCGGGGUCAGCCCUUUCCCUCUUCGCUCGCGUUUUGAAAGGAAAAACCAUCAGUGUUUCACUACUCACACUAAAUCCAUACAAAUCUUCGAUGAAAAAGGCCGUUUACACAAUUGCUGGUUCACCUCCUGUGCCUGCGAAGCCCCAAGUGCCACAUUAUUACGAUGGAAUCUGUGGCCGGCCACACCGGAGAAGCCUAGGCUGGCCUUCCACGAAGAGUUGCUGAGAUGGUUCGAAUCCCUUCUGGCGGAAGGCUUGUCUCUGAGAGCGGCCUCCGAGGCUGUGCGCAGGAGAAAUUCACUCAAAACUCAAGAGGCUGACAUCCUCUAUAGAAAUCUAAAAAGUGGAUGUUUUGAAGAGUACAAGUUCUUCAGGCGCCACUGUGCCAACCUCGGCUCUGAACCCUCCACGGUGAAAAAUGGCUCCAUGUAUGUUGCCUCACCAAAGAGUUCAGUCAGUGAGUUGAGGCGAGAAUCACAUGUACCAAGCUCCGAGUCCAUGAAUGAGGAUAGGAUGACCCGCUCAGACUCCCAUACCACUUUGCAAGGUCCCAUCUCUACUGUCACGGGGAUAGAACCACAGUUCCGUGUAGGAUCUCCUGGUUCUUCCGAUCCUAGUUCUAUUGAGGAAGCGGUCAGGUCGGGAGUCUCGGUAGACCAGAACUGCCAAGAAUGGAAAGUUGAACCAUUGGAUGGGGAUGAUGAUUCGGAAGCCGAAUACAUCUUAGUCCCGGUGAAUGAAGCUUCUGCUCCCAAUCAAAAUGGCUUGGAUGUCAAACCAAUCUUGUUUCCUGCUUAUGGGAACGGGAGCAACCAGGCCGGACAAAUAAUCCCGUUUCCAGGAAUGCCACCAAGAGCAGAUCAGGAUCUGAAUCAUUUUGAUAAUCUCGGCAGCAGCGACGUCGCAGUCAUGCCCACAGCCAACAUUGGCAAAACACGAGUCUGGGACAAGAGGCAGUACUGCUUGUACUGCCGCGAGUCCUUCGCUAAGCUGCCAAGACACUUGCGGCAUGCACACCGAGACGAGCCCGACGUUAUUUUCCUGAGUAGAACCCAGUGCCCGAUCACCCAGCGUCGCUUGCUGUCCAAGCUUCGCAACCUGGGCAACCACUUGCAGAACUCAGACGUGCUUCGUCAGGGGACGGGCAAACUCAUUGUGGUCAAACGGCCCAGCCCCGGCGAAACUGUUGCUCGGACCGCGGCCGACUACCAACCAUGCCCAUACUGCUUUGGAUACUAUGUCCUAAGGGAUCAAACGAAACACAACUGCCAUUUGAAGAAUUUCAGGGCCGAGUCAGCUUUGUGGCUUAACUUGACUUUACAGCACUAAAACAACUCACUCCUUACUCACAGAGGGCACUCUUGAUUAUUAACUGUACUCUGAAUCACAUCAAGACCGACAACUAGUACUUUAUAAAAAUUAACCCAAGUCCCUUCUUCAGUACUAAACAAGACUUGCUGAUAAUGCCCAGUGCAUUGAAGAGGAAGCUGUCUACUAUCCUGGGUCGCCCUUAACAAACACGCAGUAUAUACAAGUUUGUUAUGCGUAGUUGGUAUAUCGUAUUUCUUCAUGGUAUCAAAAAUGUACCUAUUUGUAGGACAGGCCAAAAUCCAAUGAUGACUUGAUUAUUGGGGUAGUCCUUUUGUUUUAAGUGAAAAAAAAUACCCCAAGUGCAGACUGAUGUUCGUUUCAAGUCCUGGCAUGACGUUUUGGUAAUCCAAGAUGGCGGAUCAGGUGCUUCAUGGUGCAUUUGCCAAUUGGAGUGCAUGUAGCAUCCCAGACUGGGACCUUUAGUGCUGAAAAACAUGCAAAACGAAAUCAGGCCAACUUCAUUCUUUGGCUGACACAGUUUUCCAAACUUUUCAAGAGGCAAAUACAAGGUCCUUGGUAUUUCACCAACCAAGUUUGAAGUCUCCAUUCAAUUUUUAAAGGAGACUUUACUGCAAUAUUUCGCACAUGAGAGGGAAGUCUAUUGAAAUCAAUUUGAGGCCAAAGCCUAGACUGGUGCAUGUCCAACUGUUUGAAAAGACUGACUUCGUUAGGCUGUCAUUAGUCUGGUGGCUGACUAUGGAAAAUAUGCAGAAAUCAAGACCAGUACCAGACAUGCCAGAUGUUUCUUUUGGCGCAGUUCAUUGAUGUAGUACUGAAAGGUUGUUGGACUGGUCGUUUCAGGUUGCCAAAUCUGUUUUCUUUUGUUGCAUGUUUUCAAAACCUUAUGUUUUGGGACCCUCAUACACAGUAUUGACAGUCCCAAAUUUUUGGACUAGUAGCAUCCAGUACAGUUUAGACAUGAUGGACGAAUCCAUAUAAUGGAUAAUUGUAAACUCAGGAGGCCCCCUUCAAUGGAGAAACCAUUGUGCAAGCUAUUGUACAAAGCAACUGCCUCAUGGUGGAUUAUCUGAAAAGGAUACUAGACUAGCACGAGCGGAUUGGUCUAUAGUGGUUUUGAGGUAUUAUGGCCUGAAUAGCAAGGCCCUAUUUGGUUUUAUCAAACUCUUUUUUAUUCACCUUUUGAUACUUUUGUAUUAAACCGAGCCGAAUAUUGCUCCCUCUAUUUGCAGUUACGUGUACCAUAUCUCAAAAAGGCUAAUGAUGUAUAACAAUCAAAAGAUUUAAAUAUUUUCUUUCUGAUGAUAACUCCCAUUUCACGUUUAAUUAAGACUUUAAAUACUUGGCUUUGCAACUAGUAUCAUCAUGUUUUGUAAAAAUUCGGUUUUGUGUUUGCUUUUUUUUUUCUUUCUUCAUUUAAAUAAGGUAAAGGAUAUUUUACAAGUUUUAUAUUUGUACAUUAUGUACGAUUUAUUUUCCACUUUGUCGUUUCACAGGUAUGAUCGGUGGUAAUCAUAGUUUUUACCUAUUUAUACAUAUCUUUCAGUUUCAGUUAGUUUAUUUAUAACUUCAUGUUAUCGUUUAUCUAUUUCAGAAGUUUUUAUUUUGUUUUAGAUAGGUACUUAGGCCAAGUAAAAAACAAAAAACUUGAUCGUCUCUGCCCGCCUGCAUCCUUUUAUGAAGCCGCAUUCAUUUUGAAAAAAAAAAAUCCCCUCACCUCAAUUGAAGGUAAAUCGAGCAUUUCAAUUGCACAGGUUUUAAUUUAAAUACCGAACAGUAAUUUCUCUCUCUUUAUUGAUAUUUGCCAGAGACACUUUCGAAAUCGGAAAAAAAAACGAAGCUCCGAAUUGUACAUUGGCGCGGCCUAUAUACAUUGUACAUGUAUUACCAUUUUGCAAUAGGCUGGUUGCGGGCAAACAUUAGUUACCGCUGUGAGUGUGAUUUUCAAUUCAGGAGGCGGGAUUCAGACCUGUAGACGUCAUGCAUAUCAUUUGCAUUCAUCAGGGGGGGGGGAUGCCUCUUGAUUUAUGCAAGAUUUACCGCUAGCUACGUGUCCCCAUAAUAUUUGAAGUCCGAAGGACAAUGGGGACAGGGAACCAGAUUUGGCCUACACCAAAGGUGGCACGUGCCUGAUGAGUAGGCCUAAUAGACCGCUUGCAGAUGCGUUCGAUAAUCGACGCGCGAAGGCGCGCGACGCCAUGUUGUGGGACAGGCGUAUAUCUAUCCAUGCACAUUUUGUCCCAUAACGUAUAACAUGGCGUCGUGCACCUUCGCGCGUCAAUUAUCGAUCGCGUCUGCAAGCGGUCUAUUAUCCAUUUGUGCAUUUAGCUUUUCCAGCAAAAUAAAAAAAGCAGAUUUCACACACGCACACAAAAGCAAAUAUCCUACGGAGAGAGUUACGGCUUAAAAGCGAAAAAUAUUAUUCGACCCCCCCCCCCAUAAAAAAUAUCAUUGCGAAGAAAAAUGUGGAAAUAGGCUUAUUGUAUCGCGGAAACGUUCAGCGAAAAAAAAAAACACGAAGGGAAGUAGGCAUAUACGGAGAGAGAAAAAUGUGCGAGAAACUUAAUUUUUAUCCUAGAAUACCAUUGAAAAGUUCGUAACGACGUAAUCAAAGUCAAAGGAGAUUAAAAAGGCUUAGGGACCUAGGGCCUAUCUGUUAAAUUAUAACUGCUGAACUUAAGAAGAUCAUGACGCAAAUAACUUCAAGAUGCCUUAGUGACUGCCAGAACGGAAUUUGCAUCUGUGUGGACAAUUUUACAGAUGCUUUAUAAUAUAUAUACCAAUCUCUUGACGUACGUUGUCGAAACAAAUUUACAUCCUUACCGGCGGAUCGCGGGUUUUCUCCACUUCUUCGUUCGUAUGAUUAUUCAUUAUGCGGGACUCACAUGGGAAUAUGUCCGUUAUGGGCCUUAUUCACGAGUUGGCCAUUUUUGUCGAGUUUCCUGAAUGUAUUUCAUAAAUUGUUAUCUGUUGAAUGGGAUGGCGGCAGACUAUUUAUGCAGGCACAAUUUUACUGUCAGGUUUUGUUUUAAUAUGGCUUAUAAACAUUGGGGAAUUUAAUUACAAAUUUAAACUUAUUUAUUUGAGGCAGACUGGAAUUGAUUAUAAAUUAAGUUGCUUUCAUUUCUCUUCGCAAGUUCAAAAAAUUAAGAUUUUACCUAACUCUCAAUCCAAUAUGGCCGAAUCGUGAAUAAUGCCAUACAGCCAGCCACGUGGUGGUGUCUUCGUCGAUUUCGGCGAUGCCUUUGGCGGCACGAUCGAGGAGCCUUAGAGUAAGUGUUUCCCGACCAAGCGCUGUCCCAAAGUUACAUUUUUUUACCAGCUCAAUGCAUGCAGCAGUUCUUCAUUUUCGUUUAUAGGUAUUUUACAACAUUGUACAUGAUAACUGAUUUUCAUAGGCCUACUUUGCUUUCGAUCGAGUGAAAAUUCAGAUAAAGCUUGAGUCGCUAAAAACCUAUUUCCCAAAGUUCUUCGUUUCCGAUCAAGCUUAGUUCUCAGUGAUUUAAUUUCCUAGGUAUACAGCAUUUAAUACCUUAAUUAAAAACGGCAUUAUUUGGCAAAUUGUGAAAUUGCAAUUGUCGCGCCAACUGAACAAAUUAUUUGUGGCUGCAUGUACAAUACCUUGCUCAAAGAUCGAUGGACAGUUGUAUACCCGCGUCCGUAAUGUACUGAUAAAACGACACGAUAUAUUUUCAAUUCAGUGGUUAAAGCAAGAAGUCCCGGUGGCCUGGCGGUAAGACACAUAACUUCUGUUCCCGAGAGACCCGGGUUCGAAACCUGGAGGCGGUUUUUAUCUUUUAUUUCCUUAGUCGAUUCUAUAAGUUAAAUAUAUGAAACGAGCGUUUUUCACUGGGGGACCCAGGUAGCGCACCCGGUAGAGAGUGCGGCGCAGAGGUGGGUGGACCGGGUUCGAAUCCCGGCCAGAGAAAAGUCGAUUGGCAGCAGGGAAACCUGCGGCGGGUCUGAGUUCCGUGGCGCUCGUCUACUCCAACUAGAUAAAAUAAAAUAAAAUAAAAUAUAAUUUUGCUCUAUUUUACAGUGAAUAAGUUGAAGUAAAAAUGUGUAAAAUGCUCAAGUUGGUCCGAGCGGGAAUCGAACCCACGAUCUCCGGCAUGAGCGUCAGAGUGCCUACCACUAGGCCAACACGCUCUCCUUACUUGGAUGUGUUUGGAAGUAAUAUAUAAAUUUUCGAUUUGAAUUAUCAAUGCGAAAAAGAACUAAGUCGGCGCGCAUGCGCACUGCUUGCAUCUCAAAGCAUAAUUGCCUAGUUUUAAUAAAGACUUCUCAAUAGUUAAGUUUCUAAUGUUUUCAGUCGUAUCUUGAUGAAGGCAAGGGAAAACUUCCCUAAUUUGGUUCCGAACACUUGAGCAUAUAUGUCGAACAAACUUUAUUUUACACCUGUUCUAAUAAAUUACACAAAGAAAAUGCAAAAUCUCAUGUCCAUGUUUCAUUUUCUUUCUUGAGGUAGGCACAUUUAUUCACUUGUUCAAACAAAAUGCCAGUUAACAAAAAAAGUUAACAAAAGCUGCCUCGAUUAACGAACAAAUGUGAACAGUGAAACAGUACAAUUAUAAAAUGCACACACAAACUUGACAAAAAAUCAGUUACACAGAUUUGUAAACCAAGAUGUGACAAUGAAACUAAAAACUCGUAUAAUUAGUUUCAAAUUGCAAGAUGAAUCAUAGAAUCAAGCAAUCUACUCUAUUGACUCAUGGUGCACAGGAACCCGCUCAUAGUGACAAAGAGAGCAUAUAUUGCCGCAAUAUAAUGCUGGUAGUCAUACACAAAGGCAAUAUAGUCUAGGCGAUAUUUCAAAAAGGGCUCAUUUAGGGCCAGAAGAGGCAUUUUGUUUAGUAGAGGUUGGUAACAUAGCUAUUUUACCUAAUCUGCAUGGGUAAC